CCCUCGUGGGUGUCUCCCGGAGGUUUCCCGCUCCCCGGGGCCGCGGUGUAUGUUUGCAUCCUGCCGCUGUGUGCGGGGAGGCAGGAGGACGAUGAAAAUGAUCCGCUUUCGGAGCUCGAGCAUCAGAUCGCUCAGCCAGGAGAUGACAUGUACCAUCCGGCUGCUGGACGAUUCCGAAAUCUCCUGCCAGAUCCAGAGGGAGACCAAAGGUCAGUUUCUCAUAGACCACAUCUGCAACUAUUACAGUUUGCUGGAGAAGGAUUAUUUUGGCAUUCGCUAUGUGGACCCUGAGAAGCAACGGCACUGGCUAGAACCCAACAAGUCAAUCGCCAAGCAAAUGAAAUCUCAUCCACCAUAUACCAUGUGCUUUAGAGUGAAAUUCUACCCACACGAACCUUUGAAGAUUAAAGAAGAGCUCACCAGGUACCUUUUAUAUUUGCAAAUUAAAAGAGAUAUUUUCCAUGGUCGUCUGCUGUGCUCCUUUACAGAUGCUGCCUACCUGGGGGCCUGUAUUGUUCAAGCUGAGCUUGGGGAUUAUGACCCUGAUGAACACCCAGAGAAUUACAUCAGUGACUUUGAGAUUUUCCCUAAGCAGUCCCACAAGCUGGAAAGGAAAAUAAUGGAAAUACACAGGAAUGAACUCAGGGGCCAGAGUCCACCAGUUGCUGAAUUUAACUUACUACUGAAAGCACAUACUCUGGAAACCUAUGGGGUGGAUCCCCAUCCCUGCAAGGAUUCAACAGGGACGACGACAUUUUUAGGAUUCACUGCUACAGGGUUUGUUGUAUUCCAGGGAAAUAAAAGAAUCCACUUGUUAAAAUGGCCGGAUGUCUGCAAAUUGAAGUAUGAAGGGAAGACAUUCUAUGUGAUUGGCUCUCAGAAGGAGAAAAAAGCCAUGUUGGCAUUUCACACCUCAACACCGGCUGCUUGCAAACACCUCUGGAAGUGUGGGGUGGAGAAUCAGGCCUUCUACAAGUAUGCAAAAUCCAGUCAGAUCAAGACGGUGUCAAGCAGCAAAAUAUUUUUUAAAGGCAGUAGAUUUCGAUAUAGUGGCAGAGUUGCCAAAGAGGUAGUGGAAGCGAGUUCCAAAAUCCAGAGAAACCCUCCUGAGGUGCACAGAGCCAACAUUACCCAGAGCAAGAGUUCCCACUCCUUGAAUAAGCAGCUCAUAAUCAACAUGGAACCCCUGCAGCCACUUUUGCCUUGUCCCAGUGAACAGGAAGAGGAGGUUUCUUUGGAUGGUGGUAUUCCAUUGCUGAGAGAAGAUGACAGCUCAGCCCCUGUGAUAUCUAGCUCACCAAUAAAGAACAGUGGAGAGUAUGGGGACUUCUCAAGGGAGCAGGAGGAGAAAAUCAAAGAGGAACCCUUGACCAUCUCAGAGCUGGUCUACAACCCAAGUGCCAGCCUGCUUCCCACCCCAGUUGAUGAGGAUGAGAUCGACAUGCUCUUUGACUGUCCUUCGAGGCUCGAGUUGGAAAGAGAAGACACUGAUUCAUUUGAGGACCUGGAAGCAGAUGAAAAUGCCUUUUUGAUGGCUGAGGAAGAAGAACUCAAGGAGGCACGGAGAGCCCUGACAUGGAGCUAUGACAUUUUGACAGGCAACAUCCAGGUGAACCCCUUCGUGAAGAGUUUCUCCAGGCUCCUUGUCGUAGGUUUGGGACUGUUACUGUUUGUGUUCCCUCUUCUCCUCGUCCUUUUGGAGUCAGGCAUCGAUCUGUCCUUUCUUUGUGAAAUUCGUCAGACACCAGAAUUUGAACAGUUCCACUAUGAAUAUUACUGUCCCCUCAAGGAGUGGGUGGCAAGAAAAAUAAACUUUAUCCUCUACUUGUUGGGUUGCUCAUAAAGUUAACAUAUUAUGUGACUAAGGGCUAUAUUCAAUACUAGUGAUUUUUCUUUCUUCCUUUUUUUUCUUUUCUUUUUCUUUCUUUUAGCAAUUGCUUGGUUUGUAGAAAGGUCAUGGGGCCAUCAGCAGGUAGCUAUUUUCAUUCUUGUUCCAUAUAUAACAGACUGUUCAACUCCUUAAGUUAGCUUUUCAUAAUUCAAUACACUUAAGUAAAUUAAAAGUCAAAUAAAACAUUAUUUUAGUUAUAGGCCAGAACGGUGGCCCUAUGUAAGUAACCAACAAGAUAUUUAUUUUUAUUGCAUUUAAGGCUUACUGCUUACCUACUGUACCAUAGAACAUUAUGCAGAGCUAACUUUUGCUUUUUUUAAAAAGUUUGUAGCAUUAUAAGCUGUAAGGUUCAGAACCUGCAUUUUAGUAAAAUCGGAGGGAAGUGUUUUUGAAUAUACUCCUUAGUGCAACAAUCUCUUCUAACCAAUGCCUAUACAAGCAAAGUUUAUGCUGGGUUUUUGUUGUUUUUUUUAAAAAUAUUUUUAUGUGUUCAAAAUAUUUUGGUAAAUUUUUAGCAAAAGAAGUCUUCUGAAGUUAUUUAAGUGUACAGAUUGUAAGAUUAAUGCACAAGUGGCACAUGGGGAAUUUUUUUAAUGUUUUGGCAGUGAUUUGUUUUUAAAAAAAAUAUUUUUGGCUGGACAGUUCUAUAAUUUGUUAUACCUGCGUAUGAGAUAGCAAACUGUUAGGAGAAUAAUAUAGGAAGUUUAGGAAACAGAAGAUAGAAUGGAGAAUAUAACUAAUUUAAAAAACAGCAACACCUUCUAUGAAAUAUGACAUAAGUUGCUCCAGUAAUCUGUUUCUGAAUAUCUUCCUUCUAAAAUGUAGGGAGACAAUAUCAUUGACAAUAUGACUAGUCACUUUACCUGUAUCCUGUUAUCUUCUAUCUCAGCUGAUGCAGCGGAAAGUCAUUGGAAGAGAGUGAAAGUGAUUCCUAAGAGGGCAAUGGAUCCCCAAGCUAAUUGUACAUUGUGUACAUAACAAGAGAGAAAGGGAAGAAGGACUAGAAUGUAGCCCCCCCCCCAAAAGAAUUUCUAGCCAGGACAUGGUAGGUGAGUGGUAGAAGUUUAACUUUAAGAAAGGCAUGGAAGAUGUAGAUUAUAUGAUGAUUUAAAAGAAUGAAGCAUGAAAUCAGAGUUGAUAGAUAUGUGUAUUAUUACAAAUGCAUUUUCAGAAAAAAAAGGGAGGGAACUAUAAGGUAAGUAUCUUGGUUCCUCAUUUUUUUCAUUAUGGUUCUAUGAAACCAAUUCCAGGGAGUCACUGGAGGGAAGAGAGGUGUGUGUGUGUGUGUGUGUGUGUGUGUGUGUGUGUGUGUGUGAGAGAGAGAGAGAGAGAGAGAGAAAGAGAGAAAGAGAGAGACAGGGAGAGAGAGACUUUUCCAUGUGUGAUAGUGUUACCCUGUAGGAUUAGAGAUGCAGCUUGCAAUACAAUUUAUACAACCCUAACUUUGAUUCUUUCAAGUCUGUCUGUGAGCGGACAGGGUUCACAUGGAGGAUAUGGAAGAAUUGUCAUGCAUGUAGUAGCAUUCCUUUUUUUUUUACAGUGUAGGAUCUUUUAGACGGAAAUGUUUCCAUGGCCCCAUGGGAACUAUUCUCCCGUAUAAGGGAGAAAAAUUGGUUUAGUACCCUUCUUAUUAGUAUUUAAACCAUGGUUGUGGGGUUUGUUGUCUUACCACUGAGAGAAUAUGUCCCGAUUGCAAGAACUAUAGUCCCUCACAAAGUAAAUGACACAAAAUAAUUGCGUUUGGUUUAUAAAAGACUCCCUCUCCCUCCCCCCACCCCUCCAUCUUGGAGCUUUUUCUAUAAUGUGAGCCUCAUUUAAAAAGAGGUUGGUUAACUUAUGGACUCUGUGAAACUCUAUUGACCCUUUAAAUUUACCAUGAGCACAUUUUUCAAAAUUGCUCUGUAAUUUUUUUAUCUGGGCAUAUAUAUAUAUAUAUAUAUAUAUAUAUAUAUAUAUAUAUAUGUAUGUAUACAUAUAAGCCUGGUUUUUGGUGCUAAGAGCCCAAACUGAAGGCUCUGGAUGCCUCAUUUAGACAUCUGAUUUUGCAAAUUGGAUUUGAAAGGUAGCCUUUCUCUACUUGGGUCUGAAAUAAUUUAAAUAAUUUGAAUUAAAUUAGCUAUAUUAGGAUUUAUAACCUUAAAUUUCAAUGCUACUCUUCAUAUGAUUUCAGUAAUUUAUUAUGCCUUCUAUUAAUAUACAAAAAUCCAAUAAUAUGAUGUACCUUAAUUCUCUGAUCCUCCAACCUUUCUCCAUUUGCUGUCUUUGAGAGUUUUGCAAGUAACAAACUUGGAAAGUAAUGUUUCAUUAAUUUAUUUUAUUUCUUCCUACUUUUUCAUAUUGAUUCAUAUUAUAAAGCUAUUUGUGAGUCUCUGAAAUGACUAUGCUCUAGUGAAAUCUACUGAACUAUUUUUUCUUCCUAUUUUUUCCCCACCACACUAUUAUUUAAUGUCUUACAUCCUAUUCCUCAGAGUAUUGAUCAAUGUUAAGGAAGAUAUGUUUAAAUAGUAACAAAUACAGAUUAAAAAACUCCAGCUAAAUAUCCCCUUUCUCUUGAAUAGAAUCCCAUAGUGAACAUAUGUGUUUGUGAAUAGACAGAUUGGUUGGGAUAUUAAGAAUCCAAUGAGUUUAUAUAAUGACAACAAAAGCUAGGACUGGGAUUCUUGAAUGUAAAACUUGAGUGUUGCAUUAUAGAGCCUUGGAGAUAAUAUUAGGCUUAUUGGGGAAAUUUUUGUCAUCCAUUGGCUGGCCAAAUAAAGACAAGAUUACUUCUGGAAAUGAACAGUACAAGAUAUGGUUGGAGAUGAAAGGGAAGUGUGUGAGUAUAUGUAUAGACUAUGUUUUCUGUAUGUGUGUGUUUUUAUAUAUAUAUAUAUGUCUUUAUAUGUGUAUUUGUACACAUGGUAAUGAUACAUAUUUCAUAUACAUACUGGUUCUCAUUUUACCUUGCAUGGACAUUUCUAGUAUUCAUUCGCUUUUCCCUGUAGGUGUUGUAGUGGGUUUAAACUCACUAAGUAUUUAAUUUGUUAGUGAUAACUAUUGCGUAUACAUCUGUGGAUAUAUAUGCACACACAAAUGAGAGAUAUACAUAUACACACACAAACUCUUGGUGUCAGUGCUAAUGAAAGUUGGAUCAUAAAGAAUUUGUAGGUUAAAUGUUGUGUAUUUCUGUCUGUGCUUUGAACUGUCUUGUAAAAUGUUAUGUAUUUGGAAUAUAUUUUGUGGUUUGUCUGAUAUUUAUAAACACAGCUCUGGGAAGAAUAAAAUAUGAAUUGUUGAUUACUUCAUUGAAUAACUAAAGAUCUGGGGGUACAAGUACCUGUGAUUCGAGCCUUAUCUUUGUACAGUGAAUUUCACAUUUCUAUGUCAACAUGGAAAUUGUUUUGUAUGUCAACAUGGUGGCAGGAUUCCCUAAUAAAACUACUCUGGGAUGAAACAAACAAA